AAAAUUGUGCCCGCAUUGGCACGAGCAGAUUCCACGUGUCUGCUCCGUCACCUCUCACAUGUCAGACUGAUCGGGGGUUCUUGAAUCGUUAAUUCAAUCGAGCAACAAGAUUGCAACGGAAAUUGAAAGCGAGAAUGUCAGGAUCUUCAGUGGUAGGAGAUUCUAGCUCGUGGUCACAUGCUCUGGUUAGGAUAUCUCCAUACACUUUCGCCGCCGUCGGCAUCGCCAUCUCCAUUGGCGUCUCUGUCCUCGGCGCUGCCUGGGGAAUUUACAUCACCGGAAGUAGUUUAAUCGGUGCUGCAAUCAAGGCUCCUCGUAUUACUUCCAAAAAUCUCAUCAGUGUGAUCUUUUGUGAAGCUGUUGCUAUCUAUGGUGUUAUCGUGGCCAUUAUUCUACAAACAAAACUAGAGAGUGUUCCAGCCUCCCAGAUUUAUGCUCCAGAGUCUCUUAGGGCAGGAUAUGCAAUUUUCGCAUCUGGGAUUAUUGUGGGCUUUGCAAACCUUGUCUGCGGGUUGUGUGUAGGAAUAAUUGGAAGCAGUUGUGCAUUGUCCGAUGCCCAAAACUCCACACUUUUUGUGAAGAUUCUUGUGAUCGAGAUUUUUGGAAGUGCACUUGGGUUAUUUGGAGUCAUUGUGGGAAUAAUCAUGUCUGCUCAAGCUACAUGGCCUACAAACAUCUAAUAUGUUUGUUCUUGAAGAUCUUGCUUCAGCCAUGGAGUGCCACAUCUGUUAUGCAUUGUGCAGUCCAGAAUGAGUUAUCUAUCAUAGUAUCAUUAAUGAAGUAUGUAUUAUAUUCUUUUAGGUUGUAAACUGGCAUGGUGAGAUUGUAUUUUGCCCAAAUAUCCCGUGCCGCAUCUGCAGGUUUCUAUGUUUAUAGUUCUUGAUAAGGAAUCAACAGUUACAGAUCCUUUUUACUGAA